AUGAACGCUUCUUAGUAAGUUUAAUAUCGCAAAUUGAUGGACUAUUUAUCUCCAUUUGAUUCUCUGAAGAUUAAUAGCCAAGAAUAUUAGUAAUUAAAAAAAAAAACAGUUUAGUCUGCAGUAAAGAAAUUAGAUACUGAUGCAAAUCAAUUCAUACUUUAGUAGCUAGGCGUUUAUUAAACUGCGAAAUUUAGCAAUUAGCAAAGAAUUUCGACUUACAAUCCUAACACUAAUUCUGGCUUGAGUCCCAAAAAAUAAUAGAUUUAAAAUAGCUCAGAAAGAUAAAAUGGUAGAUCAAAUUCGGUAUAAUCAUUUAACUAUAGCAAUAAUAAUGCUCACAGUAACUAGACUUCAAGAGUACAAAUUACAAAAAGAGGUAGUGUUGAUAUACGUACACCUAACAAGGUAUAUUCAAAUUAAUCAUCCAGACAUUCUUAUAGAUAGAAGAAUUAGUCUUGGAACACACCAUCUAAUUUUUCAAAAGUAAAUUUGGGGACAAAUGAAACAGAGUCAUUCAUCGUGAAUGAAAGUAAUAACAGCAGCUAAAUUAAAGGUUUGUAGUAAAACAAUCAGAGUAAUAAAUUGGUGUCUUUAAAUAUCUCUAACAUUAUAGAAAAUAUCAAUUAAGAAAAUAGUCAUCAUCAACAUAAUAUAAUAACUAAAUCCGUCGUUUACUAAGAGCCAGUAAAGUACGCAUGGAGUGAAAUUAAAUUUAAGGGUAAACUUUGUGAAGGUAGAUCCUUUUCUUAAGCAGUUAUUUAUAACGGAGAGUUCUAUUUUUAUGGAGGGUAUGAUGCUUCAAAAGGAGUCUACAAGGACUUUGUUUGUUUAAGCUUUUCAUCUAAUGGUCCUUCCUCCUUUCAUUAAGUAGAGCUCUCAGAAGAUAAUAAAGAAACUCCUGGAAGAUUAUGCAGACAUGGAGCUGUUUUAAAAGGAAAUAUAAUGGUAAUAUUUGGAGGAAGAACAUCUUCAAUUCAGAGUUCUAAUUGCAUGUUUGAGUAUUCCUUCGAAGAAAGAAAAUUCAAAAAAAUUGAUCCCGUACUUUCUAAUCCUUAAGAUUUACCUGAUAGUCAUCAAUAUAGAUAACAAAAAAAUCAAAUGAAAUCGAAUUCUUAAGUUUUAAUGCCUUGCAUAGAUUCACAUUCUAUGCUUUAUGAUUAAAACAAAGAACUACUCAUUAUAUCAGGAGGAUUUCUAGGUGAAGUUUGUGAAUACAGUAUUGAUGUCUUCACUUUUAAUUUUAGCUCUAAUUCAUGGACUUACAUUCCUUCCUAAACCUCGUAAGAAAAACUACCCAAGCCAAGAGGAUCACAUGGUUCAGUAUUACAAAAUAAUAAUCUCUUCAUAUUUGGUGGAACAGAUGGUGAAAAUAUUUUGGAAGAUAUGUGGUAUUUUAGUAUGGAUUCUCAUACAUGGACUUAAAUAGAUUUUACUCAACAAACUAUUCAGCCAGGACCGAGGAGUGGAAUACAAAUGAUGGAAUAUCAAGGAUACUUUUUUGUGUUUGGGGGAUUCAAAAGUUUAAUAAAUGAAAGAAAUGAUUUAGUAAUUUUUGAUAGCAGAAAGAUGGAGUGGAUUUAUUAAAGUGAAAGAAAAGAAAUAAUAGAAACUAUUUAAACUUAAUCAGCUUGUUCAAGCCCUAGUAAAAUAAGAUAACAAUCUAAUAAUAAAGGAGGUAUUUAAUCUAUAAGCAAGUAAAUUUUGAAUUAGUAUCGAUCUGAUUUUUCUAGACAAAACUCGUAGCAGGCAUUUCUCUAUUAGCAUGGUUCUUCAUCUUAAUUGGGUUCUCCAUUUAGUAAAAAAAUUUUAGUUCCAUUGCUUUAGAAAGAUGAGUUAUCAUAGAUUAUGAACAAAAAUAGAGAGAAUAGAAUCAAAGUAAUUAAUGAAAAAAAAAUGCAACUCCUUAAAUAAUUUGAGGUUUCUGAAGAAAUGAGAAACCAGCUUAUUUCUCCAAUACCUAUUUUACAGUCCAUGAGAAGUUCUUUAAAUUUGUUAUCAUCUUGUAACUAAUCUCAUAGAUAUGAUUAAAUCAAUGAAACUCAAUUAAAAUUAUAAAACUUCUAAAAUACGCAAUCCCUUAUAAGAGGUAAACAUCCAGGAGCAAGAGAUGGAUAUUUAAGUGCUGUUAUUGGUGAUAAAUUGAUAAUAUUUGGUGGAGAUCGCCACAGAAUGUCUCUUAACGAUACAUACUAGCUAGAUUUAAAAAUGUUAUUAGAGUACUUAAGAAGAUUAUGA